UUGUUUUUUUGCUUCUUCACACCUCAGGUCUGCCGCCUACGCAGAAAUCCGACUUCCCGGCGAGUACUCGGCUGCCCCCUCCCCUCCCCUCUCGCCUUGUCCUUCCCACAUGACGGUGCUGCCGUGGUGGUCGCUGUCAUCAUGGUCGUGGUGGUCGCUGGGACUGGCAGCGUCGAUUGCAGCGCUCACGACGCUCGUCUUGUGCUUCCCAGCGCUCGUUCGCCUCGUCUUCCUUGCGCUGCGCACUCGAACGGGCAUUGCAGUGUCAUGGCAGCGGAUUUCGUUUGUCGGCAUGACCGGUCUGACGCUCCACGGCGCAACCGUGCUCAUCCAGCCGCAGCAAUCUGCUGGCGCUGCUGCGCCUGCUUCUGCUGCUGCUGCUGCUGCUGCUGCUGCUGCUAGGCGACGCGACGCUGCCCCUGCCAAGCCAGCACAAAGCGAUGCGCAUGCACGCAGCAGCCACGAGGACCAACCACCGGCCAGUGCACAAGGCAGCCAUCACCCAGACGACAAUCCAACACUGCAACAACCUUGCCCGUUGACGGCUGUCACUGCGGCAGCAGUGACCAUCCAACUGUUUGCAUUGACACCCGAGCUCGCUCCAGUGUUCUAUGCCACGGAGCAACAGGAUAACGCGGGUGACGCUGCUGCUGAUGCCGAUGCACAACCAUCUCUGAAAUCGCCAAUCGUGCCACCGCCGCGACGUGCUCAGCCUGCAACCGCUGCUGCUGCUGCUGAGACGUCUGGUGGCAGCACUGGGGCCCAGGCACGACGAUUGCAAUGGCUCGUCGUCACUGUCUCGGGAGUUCGUGGAUCCAUUGUCACAGAGCAGACUGCCGCUCGCUCUCGCUCUGAAUACAACGGCAGUGAGCUUGCACCCCAACCCAAGAGCGCAACUCCAGCUCAUUCAGGGUGGGCGUUGCGGCUCGUGCAACCCUCACACCGGCUAGGUCGCUUGCUUGUCGCGACCUUCCGUCGUAUGGCCGUGGUGCUCGAAGAUGUUGCCGUACAUGUCACCGUCACAAACCCUGGAUUGCAGCCUGCACCUGCACCAGCAUCGUUGGCGCCGUCUGCUCCUGCGGCGUCCAAUUCGGGAAGCACAACCAGUGCCUCGCAAUUGUUGGCCACCCCUCGCCAAUGCACAGUAAUCGCCUCGCUCUCGCAGCUUUGCAUUCUGACGCGCCCGUACUCGACGAUUCCAAAGCGCGAUUACGGCGCAGACACCGCGGCUCCAGCAGCAGCCACAGCAACACCAAAGUUCAGCGGCAGACCGAGCAACAAUGGGGCAAGCGGAUCUCCUACAACACCGCCUGACAUUGUCGCUGACGACGAUCACCAAGAUCUGAGCCAAAUAGCACUCUCUGCACAGGAUCAAGCUGCUCGGUUUACCCAGAUCGAGGCGAAUGUUCACCAGUUUGCCGCCACUCUCACGUACCCAUACCGACAGCAGCAGCGCUUGACUGACUUCUGGAGACGACAGCAACGCCAAAGAAAUGACGAGCAGCAGCAGCUGGAUGCAGAAGUGCUGCGUCUUGUCGCUCGGCCAACCGUUGCUGGUGCAGCCGAGGCAACCAGCCACAGCGCGCCUCCUCCUUCUCAGCCACACAUAAUCAUCACCACCGCCAGCGAUGCAGGCGCUUUCUCCCCCAAUCCAGCAGUCAGCCGAGCGCAUCCGUCGGACAAGUCACCUCUCUAUCGACAGCGCUCCGCAGCAGACCUUUGCUCUCCCCAUUCGGUUGGCCUGGCCAUCUUGUGGUGCCAACAUGCCAGUCUCUCGCUUUCCAUCAACUAUCGCAUGCUGGCGGCGGGAAGCAAGUCCAUCUUGGCAAGCACAAGCGGAAGCUCGACCCAGCCAUCACCUCCAUCAACAAGUCCUUCUGCAGCUGCCGCAACUCCUCUGGAUGGAAUUGUCAUGGCAGCCGUAUGUAUGCAAGACACCUACGCGAGUCUCGUUCCAGCAGGCCGAGCACAAAAUCUUUUGCGGUUCUUCCCUUCCGUCCAUUACUACGCCGACGCGUCGCCUGUUGUCAACCAGCUAAAGCCGCCCGUCCCGUUUGAUGAAUCGCAACUUUUUGCAGGUAGUGGUGUUGGUGCUGCUGCUGCUGCUGCUGCUGCUGUCACUGCAGCGUUGACAAAGGCAACCACCAUUCCGGCCUUUCAAUGGCACGCGUCUUGCUCCCCAGUGCCGGGGCCUGCACUCGGCGGCCUUUCCGACGCCGACAAUGCCUUCUUUUGCCUGCCCAGCGAGCACACACACCAAUGGGGUCGGUGUCUCGCCGUAGCGCGGCUAGAUUCGAGUUUGGAGCUCCGGACGCGCUUUAGCGACGAGCGGCAAAUUCUUUCUCGCAGUGCACAAUCGACAGAGCACGGGGCUGUUGACCCUCUGACGCCCGAUGCCACACGCAUCCGACUGCAUGUGGACCUGGAUGGCCUGGUUGUUGAGACGUCUGCCAAUCUGAUUCAAACGCUCUCGUUGGUACACCAUGUUCUGGACACUGGAUUUGCCAAGCCGGCGCCUUCUCAACCGAGUGCAAACAGGCCUCGACUGCUGUUGGCGGCGUUUGGGCCUCUUGUGGACUGCCUGUUCGACGUGGAGUUGCGGAGCAUUUUUCUCAUUCUAUCGAUGGUGGACGACCCGUCAGCCGCAAGCACUCAAGUCUUGCAUAUGAGCCAUCUAUCGGCCGUUCGCACAGUGGCUAAUCACCAUUCUAGCCAGCAGCACUUUCAGCAACCGGUGCAACGCGCUGCCAGUGCCGAUUCUGGAUUCCACGGGCCCCAACCCGCAGCUUUUGCCAAUGCGACUUUUGCACCGGCUGGAGCGGCAGCCGGCACUUCACCUCCUGUCGACUCAAGCUCUGCACCGCUACCGCAGCGAGGGGAACUGGCCGAUGUGCGCUACUCGUUGGAGGACUCGGCGCGCACGGUCAGCGGCUCCUUGAUUUCGGUAUUUGCCAACUCGUUCGAAGUCUGUUCGUUGCGCUGCGACGACUACAACCGAAGGGUGGGUGUCGAGUGGCAAAGCCUGCUGACCAAGCACUCUGCGUUUUAUUGGUCAAACUUUUCAAUCUCCCUGCACCAUCCGCUACUUUCAUUGCUCCCGACGAGCCGCGCAGCGCUGCCCGACGACUGGCACGUGUUGGUGGACACUGGGACCUUGUUUGCCAACGUGUCGGUUCCCCUUCUGUUGUCGAUUUUCCUCUUUCGCGAUCGCUGCCGUCGCUAUUUGCCCGUCCGGAAUGCCGCGCCGUUUCACCAGGCAAAUCCCUCCACCCAAAGUCCAGCUCACUUGCAACCAAGCAACAGAGCCCCUCGGAACGGCACGCUACCCAUCGUGGGAGGCCGCCUUGCUGGGCUGUCAGUCAAUCUCCCCAGUCUCUGUGCCCAGUUCCAACUGCCCGAUCAUCACCAGAUUGGACUGAAAUGCGAAGAUGUUUUUGUGCAUUGUACCUUGUUCAAUCCCGCGUUGCAGCCCCAAGCUGCUGCUGCUGGGAUCCCGUCGUCCUCAUCCAGCAGCCACGGCGACUUGCCAUGGCACUCGUGCUCACUGAGCCUGUCCUCGUUGGCCUUUGCGGUGAACAAUCAGCCGCUCGUCAAGGCAAUGACGGUCACACUUCGGAUUAGCCUGCGACACCCACAUCUCCGCGAGUUUGCUCGGUUUGACGACGUCGCGCACGUCGCCUCCACCAAGCACCCAACGUCUCCAACCCUCAUCGAGGCCGAUGCCGCCACCAUUCUCGUUCGCUUCAAUCAUGGCCUUGAUCUCGCCGGGCCAAUCGAUACAAGCCUCGUCAAUACCAUCAAGGUGCUCAAGUACGUCGGCACGGGAAGGCGUGCACCGUUGGUCAAGUACGACGACUUUUUUGCCCCCAACCUUCGGCUCACGGCAAGGUCGCUGCAGGUCGAGUUUGAAGACGACCCGUUCGAGGUUGCCCUCGGGCUCAACUACAAACUGUCGAGGGACGAACAGGUCCAACGUUUGCUUCGCGAGGCCGUCUUGGACGAGCGCUUGGAGCAGGCCAGUCGCUCGCAGGCGCGCACGUUCUCGGACAAGAAAAUCAAGGAGCUGUACGCAGCCCUCGAGCGCAAGAAUGCCACCAUCUACAAGGAGCGUCACGACAUGCUCUUGCAAGAGGGUCCCGUGCACACUGCAUUGCUUCUUGUGACGGCGACCAAUAUUGACAUUGUGGCCCUCUACGACCUCAAGCUGCACGGAAGGGAUAGUCUCGUUCGCGCCAUGAUCGAGCUGGAUCCAGAGAGCCCAUCGCCCCGGGCCAAAUCCGAGUUUAGCACACUGUGGGGCCGGAGGUUCCACGCCUCGUGCUCUCUACUGACGGCCGGGCUCCGCGACUAUCCCAUUCCGCUGCUCAAGCUGGACAGAUGGCAGGCCGUGGGUACCUUGGUAGCGGCCGAGCCGGAUGCAGACCCCACUGCCAUCCAUCGCGUCGUUGUCGACGUCAAUACCGGCGAUGAUGUGGAUGCGUUGGAAACGGCCAUGCGCAGCGACCUGAUAAUGGACACCGAGGACGAGUAUAAGGACUGGGAGCUGGCCUUCGACCCGAGCAGUGGUGACGGUCCCAGUCCUUUGCACGCUUCCCCGUUUGCUAGCUCGCCGAUAGUGGCAGACCAGCCGAGCACAAGCCAUCUGGACCACGAGGAUGGCAACGUGGAGAGCGAUGGGGACGAGCUGCGCGAGGAUUGGCUCACGCAGAAGCGAUCCCCGUCGUUCUCCACCAUGCUUUCUCCCGACCCAACCAGCUCGUCCAUGCUACGGAGCGCCGGUGGAUUGGAUUCUGCUCCUCCAAACCAACGCAGCAUGCCUGGCAGUUCCAUAGACCGCAAGGGUCGCUGGGAGUGGGCGCCCAUCACCAUUUUCCGCAAAAUGCCUCCUCUCAAAUUCUUUUAUGACGUGUCUGUAGUCGCGUCAGAGAUGGAGUGCUCGUGGGGCACCUGCUACGAGCCUGUGGUAGCACAACUGGGACUUGCUACCGACUUGCUCUCGGCCCCUUCAGCCGACCUGAGCCCGCGCUUGCCGUUCUGGGACAAGCUGCGUCUGCUCUUCCACGGCCGCAUUUGCGCAGAAGCUCCGUCAGUAAGCUGCUCUAUUCUCGCAUCCCCGUCUCCCUACGGAAAGUCCGAGCGACUUGACAUCCAGUGGCGCAACUUUCAAGGGCAGUGGGGCGGGGCUGCCAUUCGCGCCCCUCCUUUACGUCUGCGGUCGCAGCCGGCUUUGCAGUCUCAUCGGGCCCUCGGUCGCUCUAGUAGUAGUAGUGGUAGCAGCAGCGGCAGCAGUAGUGCUCAGCAAGGCGCGUUUCACACGGACGCUGCCACUGUUCGCCCAACCAUCAUGCUGUCGGGUGACUUUGACAUGUCUCUCCGAACUGCCUCGCGCUAUGAUGAUUUUCGCAUCGUCCACUGUCCCAUGCUCGCACUGGACAUUCGGUUGUUUUGGACGUGCAAGGGCAAUGAACGCGCCCAUCAUCGCGUCAUGCCUCGGGCGCCAGAACACACCAGCCGUUUGCACGACGGCGAGGUGGCUGACUCGUACGAGUUUUUCCGAGCUCGCGAUUUGCAAUGCCAUUUCAACUUUUCCUCAAUGUCCGACUUGUCCGACGAGCGAGCAUCGACGAGGAGCAGCAGCACGUCCACCAGCGAGCAGCAGCCGAACAUUCCUUCCUGCGUCUUGUACUCGAACACACUCCGGUGGCUUUUGCAGCUCUUGAUGGUGCUGCUCCAGACGUCCAUUCCCAUCAAAACGGGCGUUGUGUUUGGACGGCAAGACCCGCCCAAGCCGCAAAUCAACUCGCUCAUCUCCCAGUACGAUUUGGCGGUUCACAUUCCUGCGCUCAACUUGCGCUACUGGAACGAGUACACACGGUCGACGGGGUUUGUCCUCGAAGCAGGUCGAUGCGAGGUUGCGCCGUCCUACCAAGUGCGCUACUUUCCGUAUGCGGGCGAGUUGCUUCGGCGCCCAGAGCCCGUGUGGUCGGCGACCAGUAGCCGCUUUGUGCUGAGCGACCUUCGAGUGCAUGUCGUGUCGUCGCCGUCAUUGACAAGACAGCACGUCUCUGACCAGUUGUUGGACGCUGGCGAUUCCUCAUUCAGCGGUUGGAACGAUGCCGUGCCCGAGACGCGCGUCGAUCAUCUCUUUAGCUGUACUUCCGUCUCCUACCUGCAGCAGCUGGCCACGCUUGCUGGAAGCAAUCUGACUGAUGGCGCGGGAAUUCGACGGAGUUCAGUCGGAACCAUCCGCAGCGAUCACGAGGACGAGGCGCUUUCCGAGGAAGAAGAGCUCGCAGGACGCUACGUCCACCGCCUCGUUGUCAUGAAUCUCAGGCUGUUGUGGACGCGCUGGAACCGCGACGUUCUUUUUGGCCUCAUGAAAAUGUACACGGACGCGCAAGAUUUGAAGGCGGACUUGUCGGCAGACGCACUUCGCACGACGGUGAAUCAUCCCAGUACGGGUCUUGGCGGUGCUUCCACGUCCACCCGCAAUCGUGGAGCGAGCGUGAGUGGCAUGGCCAUGCUCAGUGGCCCAGAGCGAGAUCGCGAAGCUUUGGCGUUGAACACUGCGGCUUCCGCGGUUGGUGCCAGGCUGCCCACAGCAGCAGCAGCGGCAGCGGCAGCGGCAGCAGCAGCAGCAGGCGGGAGUGACGAAGGCCGUCCGCGAGCCUGGUCGCCAGAGUCUGCAGGCAAGCCGACGCACGGCAUGAUGGGCUCUGUCGCUGCAACUGAACAGUCCGGCCGACCUGUGGGCCGACCAAGAGCCGACACCGGGCGCAACGAUGUUGUGAGCAUGCUCAACCGACUUGUUGCCGAGACUGCCACCAAAUUGGUCGUCUCAAGCGACGACGGACAGCGCAAGGACUCUGCAACAACGCAGGAGGAGGAGGAUCUGGGCCCCAGUUGCCACCAUCUUGUGACGCUGACUGGCGAUGAUGCGGCUGACGGAGUCAUUGAACGGCGGUAUCACAUUGAGCUUGUCCAUCCCCAGAUUUGCUUCCAAGGAGAGGAGACGGUGGAGCUCGCCAUGUUGACAGCCAACCGUGCGCGUUUGCUCAUCCAGGAGCACCAUCCAAUAUCGCUCGGUCUGAAUACUGCUGCUGCAGCCGACCGAAUGCAAAAGCCAGGGGAAACUGCUGGAGGAACGAGCGCUAGUUUGACUGCGACAGACCAGGACGCGAGUGGUGGCAGCCUCGUAUCAAAGACGUCCUGGAUUUCUCACCUGGUGGAUAUGGAGUUGUUUGUGCAAGACAAGCCGACCGAGCCACGCGAGGCACGCUCUGAUAGCGUUGGCCUCGACCUGUUCUGGGUGCCCGAGAGCCAUUUCGCUGGAGGUGCGAAACACGACGCAAAGGCAGAUGCCGCAGCGCUUGGGGCAGUGUUGCAAGUUGCUGCCAAUUCCGGAGCUCUGGUGCGCCUGACGCGCAUUUCUUCACGUUGCUACAGCGAGCUCUCGUAUGUUCAUUUUGAGCGAGUGCCAGAGCGAUCCCAUACUGUCGCGCUCGCUGCUGUGGCAGCAGCAUCUCGCAUGCGGGUUGUGCCGUCUCGAACGAGCGACGAUUCUGGCGCGCCAUUUGACCAAAUGAGCGGUCCCGCGCCAUUGCAUCUUGCUUCGGAGCGACGCAUUGUCAGGCAGACGAGCAAUGACUCUUGGGAUGUGACUGGUGCGAGCCGAGCCAGCUGGACGUCACCGACACUGAAACGCCCUGGCGAUGCCAACUCUGCGUUAUCGCCGUCGCAGUUGGGAUUGUCCAUGCCCACAGGAGCAGCGGACUCGUCGAUGUCAUUCGGUGGCAGUAGUAGACGUCCGUAUUCACCUGCAGUUGCUGCUGCCACGCGGCUUGUGAUUGCAGAAAACGGAGAACCACUGCUCGUUGCGGGCAGCGGCGAAAGUGAGCGUGUCAACACGUUUGCCAUGCGGUUUCAGCUGCUUGACAUUGCAUCGACCGACCACCAUUUUGAGGUUAUCUACGACGUUGUCAAGAAUCUGCUCUUGUACAAUGAGCCCGCCGAAAAGCUGGCUCUGGAAAAGCUGCAGACCAUGCAGUACACGUUCCAGCUCUCCCAGCGCGCCGAUCAGCGUCUGCCCAUUCAGCAAAUGCAAAAUCGCGUUCGUCAGCUGCUCAAGCACAUUACCCAGGUCGAGUUUGAGCUCUAUCUGCAAAAGAAGGGCGAGCCUGGAAGUGGUAGUGUUGGGGGCACGGCAACCAAUGUCCAAUCCGUUGCUGCCGAUGACAGUUUGACUGUUUUGGAGGAGCUGCAACGCAACCUGCGGGCAAGCAAGGCGCAGCUGGCGUCCUUGCGCUCUGACUUGCACCUCAUGGUCGUCCUUUACACGGAGAAGAAUCGGCAGGCAGUGGUCAAUGCUCUACGAGGGAGCGAGCCUGACAAGGUUGUUGAGAUUGGCAUCGACCGCGGCAUUUGGAAGAUUCUGGGUGUGACGUUGCCGGCUGUCUCAUCAACGUUGGCAUCUGCUGUCGCCACUCCGAGUCAUCAUUCGCGCACAAACUCGAUCGCUUUGAACAACAUGGGCAUGGUGCAACGUGAUCCGUCCCCGUCACCUGCAAUGACGCGGCGUGCACAUGACCUGUCUCUUUCAAGCAACAGCAGCAACAGCAGCAGCUCCCAGGCCGCCAUGGGCGCUGGGCUGAGUUCGAGCAGUGCGUUGGCGUCGCUUGGUGCCGCCUCCUCUUCGAGCAGCUUGCCAGCGGCAGCAGCAACGCCAGGCAUGAAUCUCCAAGUCAUCGCCGAAGGCCGAUUGCAUCGCAGCAACUUUUCCUACACGAUCAAUCGCGACGAAAGCGGCCAGGCGAGUCUCGAGGCUGCCAAGUUUGAUGUGCUGAACAAACUUCGUGGACAAAAGUACGAGCAAGUCCUCGCCUUGUUCAACCCAUCGGGCAAACGAUUUGCCUUUGAUCGCAAUGUCAUGUUACGCAUCUACUCGCGCUUCCAGGCGCCCGUGGGCGGCAUUUCAGUGUUGCAGCACUUUGAGGUGAACUUGGUUCCCCUUUCCGUACGGCUCACGUAUCAGCUCUACCGCCACCUGUUUGAGUUUUUCUUCCACGCGAUCGGAAAGGAGCUGGAGCGCGACAAGGGUUUGGUGUCAAAAGAUCGCGACAAGGACCGGCGCGUGGGCGAUCGCGAUCGUGAUGCUGAGGUUUUACCGUCGGAAGAGCCGAUUUCAAGCGCAGUUGGCUCCGUUGAGACUACUCGUCCGUCGUUGGAUCGGGAGCGUGUGGAGCGCUACCCUGAUACGCCGCUUGUUCCUCAUCGCAGGAUUCAACAACUGGGCGCAUCGGGCGGGGUUAAACAUCUAAACCGCUCGCAGUCUCUCGAGGCCAUACAUGCAAAUGCGAGCGGGGAGUCGGAUCGUGCCGCCGCUCGGGCCCCAUUCGUUCGCGUGCAGCCACCCUCGCCAGGUCCACACCAGCAGUCGCAGAUGCUUCAGCUGCGUCGCGCUUCAGCUGUACUUGCGACGCCAGUGCCGCGGCCACUGUCCUUUUACGACCCAAGUGACGGCGAUGGAGUCGGUUCGCUGCGGUCUUUGUCCAGCUCUUACUCGAACUUGCCUCAAGACAGCGAUUUCAACGUUUCUCGGAGCGGAAGCACCAAUGAUUUAUCGGCUAUUGCGAAAGAGCAUAGCACACCCAGAUCGAAGCCUGAAGCAAAAAAGACAAAGCCAACCCAUCGGGUCGCAGGCUCGGUCGAGGCCGAAGUGUCCGAAAUGAAAGCUCGCGCUUCCAAGACCCAAGUAUUUAUAUUUUUCAAAAUCCCACAAGUACAGCUUUGUGUCAGCUACAAGGGCGAAAAGGACAAGAACAUUGAAGACGUGCACGAUUUUGUCCUCAAUCUGCCCGACUUUGAGUAUCACGACAAAUCAUGGUCGUGGUUUGAUUUAUUGAUGCAAUUGAAAAAGGACUGCAUUCAAUUGCUGGUUUCGCAAGUCAUCAAGGAGAAACUUGGCUUCAAGAAGGCAGAGGACGAAUCUACCGCUGGCUUUGGUGAAUCGUCUGGCCAUCACGAUCAUUUCAAGGCAAAGUUGCUUCUUGGAAAAAAGGUCAAAUGGACCAUCCAGAAGGGCAAGGCGCUGAUUGGUGCUGUCAAGCACAUGAGCCAUCUUGGAGCCAACCACGACAAUGAUGAUGAGUCUGACGCUGAAGAAGGCAGUCUGCAUUCACCCGUGCGACCGCCGCUGGACGCGCACGAGGCCGCUUCGGCCUUGGGUCUUCUAUCCAAAGAGCAACGUUUCAGAGUGGCGCCUUCCAUCGACGUGAGCGCUGCAUCGGAGCGCGAGUCGAGCCCUGGGAUUGGUUCGCCGUCACAGCAAGAUCCGCUCGGUUUCGCGGAGGGGCGCAUGGCGCUUUCUCGCUCAGCCUCCAACGAGAGUGCGCAGCACAAACUGGACAAGAAGGAUCGCAAGGAGCGCGAGCGGCUGGAAAAGGAACGCGAGCGGCUGGAAAAGGAACGUGCAAAAGCGCGAAAAGUCCAGGACAAGGUCGAGCGAAAGGAGCAAGAGCGGCGACUGAAAGAAGCUGUGAAACUACACAAGGAUCAGGCAUCGGCGGCCUUGCCACAUGCCCAAUCGGCGCUGGCAACAUCGCUUGGCGAUCUACACGGCGAUGCAAAAGUAGAGCCCCCGUCCUUGGCGUCUGGCAGUCAUUUGACGCACAGCUCUCCCACGCUCCAUUCGCUGGACCUAUCCGAGGAGGCAGAACGCUCCGUCUCCCCUCCUGCGUCUCCCCUGGUCUCGCCUUCGUUCCGGGGCUCCGAAACACGAUCGUCCUUCUUUUUCUCGCGCGCUCGCAGCUCGGGAUCCAUCAACACGCUCGAGGCAAAAGGCUUGUUCGACAAGAAUGCGGCUGCGAGUUCGCCCCAGAUGUCCAUCGUCGUCAGCCCACCGCGUGUUGCUGUUGGCGAGUCUGGUGGUCAAAAGCCGAAUCCGCGCCAUCGUCUCUCCUUUUUAUCGCCGAAAGGUCCGCGAAGCUCGGUGCCAGAGCUCAGAGAUGCGCAGCAAGACGGCGAGCACGAUCAGGCUGGUUCUUCGGGCGUCGUGUUUAGCAACGAAGAGUCCAAUUCGUUUGCCGCCAGCUUUUUGAAUGAGCGGCAUGCUCUGAAUCAAGAGUAGUUUGUUUGGUGUGUGUGUGUGUGUGUGUGUGUGUGUGUGUGUGUGUGUGUGUGUGUGUGUGUGUGUGAUUACCAGGUGUGCUUUGUGGUUAGUGAAAAAGUACUACGUUUUUUGUUAUUUGUCAUUCUACGAGCAACAAAUCGGACCUGUACUUCAGCC